ACCAUAACAAUCCCCCAUCCCCCACACUCUUUGAUACUACAAAAACACAAGGCACGUGGCACACUCAAUCAAGAACAAGAAGAAGAAGAAGAUGGGAAAGGCGAAAGAUGCGGUGGUGGUUGUUGGAGCCCUAGCGUUGGCGUGGGCCGCCAUAGAGCUGGCCCUGAAGCCGUUCCUGAGCAAGGCCCGGUCCGACAUAGACAAAUCCGACCCGGCUCGAGACCCCGACGAUGACGCCGUUCCUCCGGCCGAACCCAAACCCCUGGAUCCCCCUGCUCCACCUGCACCUGACGCUUGAACCCAGGUGGUGUCUGCCUUAUUUCUUUUCCCUCUUUCGAAUCUGUUAUGUAUUCUGGACAAUCAUCCAACUCUCUUUCUUCUUCUCUUUAUUGGAACAUUGGACUCACUAGGAUGCAAUGCAAUACCGCCUUAUUCCUAUUCCUCUUUAUUGAAUUCUCUUAUCUCAUGUUCCAAUCGCAGAAUAAUCAAAUCAACUACUCAAUCUUUUUUU